UGUGAAAAACAGGCUGCGCUGCCAACAUUGUUCGACUACAAAAGAAAACAAAAAAACAGAGUGGACACAUUCACUUACUGACCACCUUUGGGUUUUAUGUUCGACGAUUUUUAUUAUUUCUCUUACAAGAAAAUAACUGGGGAUAAUGUUUUUCCGUUUCAUUCUUUUGGUUGUUUCUUUGAUGAGUUUCCUGUGCAGCUUCCUCGUGUCCAGUUGUGAUGAAAACUGUGCAGAUAAACCCGUAUUCACUCCAUCCAGACUGGUAGUGAAGUUUGGUGACCCAGCCUCUGCCAGCUGCUCUGUGUGUCAGCAUGCUUGCCUCGGCAACAAAUUUGAAGUGGAAAGCCCUGUGGGAGACUCGACAAAAAAUGGAACCACGGUUUCAUGGAGGGUUGACAGACUGACUGAAUGGCGCAUAUCUCCCAUUUGCUAUUAUAAUGAUAAUACUACUAAUGACAACUGUUGUACCUACCUGCCUGUUACUGUCUACCAGCCUCCUGAUAAUGUGUCCAUCAGCUUUGUUGAUCUCACUGGGCCGAUGUUUGAGGGUCACCAGUACACUCUGCAGUGUACAGUACAGCAUGUGGCUCCUGUUCAAAACCUCACAGUGACCUUCUACAGAGGACAGACAGCACUGGGUCAACGACUGUCCAACAAUCCAGUGAAUAAACCAGUGACUGAGAUCUUCACUCUGAACAUCACCACGAGUAAAGAAGAUGAUGGAGCCCAGUUCUGGUGUGAUGCAAAGCUAGAACUGGGACCAGAAGAACCACAGCUCCCUCCAGUGGUGAUGUCACAAAACAUCACCGCCAUCGUCCUCUAUAAGCCUCAGCUGGCGUCAUCACAUCCAGAUCCAAUCACCGUCACAGAAGGAAAGCCUCUACAGCUGAGCUGCUCGGCUGAGGGAAACCCCACUCCCUCGUACACCUGGAUGCUCCCAUCAGCUCACCUUUCACCCCUCGAUGGCAGCGUUCUCACCAUCAACUCUGUAACUUCUUCAGAUGAAGGACAGUAUAUCUGUUCUGUCAGCAACAGCGUGGGGACUGUCACUGUGAAGUUCAACGUGGUUGUCCAACAUGAAAACUGUGCAGAUAAACCCGUAUUCACUCCAUCCAGACUGGUAGUGAAGUUUGGUGACCCAGCCUCUGCCAGCUGCUCUGUGUGUCAGCAUGCUUGCCUCGGCAACUUAUUUGAUGUGGAAAGCCCUGUGGGAGACAAGACAACAAAUGGAACCACGGUUUCAUGGAGGGUUGACAGACUGACUGAAUGGCGCAUAUCUCCCAUUUGCUAUUAUAAUAAUGAUACUACUAAUGACCAGUGUUGUACCAAACUGCCUAUUACUGUCUACCAGCCUCCUGAUAAUGUGUCCAUCAGCUUUGUUGAUCUCACUGGGCCGAUGUUUGAGGGUCACCAGUACACUCUGCAGUGUACAGUACAGGAUGUGGCUCCUGUUCAAAACCUCACAGUGACCUUCUACAGAGGACAGACAGCACUGGGUCAACGACUGUCCAACAAUAACACAGAGAAGAAACCAGUGACUGAGAUCUUCACUCUGAACAUCACCACGAGUAAAGAAGAUGAUGGAGCCCAGUUCUGGUGUGAUGCAAAGCUAGAACUGGGACCAGAAGAACCACAGCUCCCUCCAGUGGUGAUGUCACAAUACAUCACCGCCAUUGUGUACUAUGGGCCUCAUCUAGUGGGGUCAUUACAUCCAGAUCCAAUCACCAUACCGGAAGGAGACCCUCUACAUCUGAAUUGCUCGGCUGUGGGAAACCCCAGCCCCUCGUACACCUGGAAACUCCCAUCAAACAACCCAUCCACCUCCAAGAGCAGCGUUCUCAACAUCAACUCUGUAACUUCUGCGGAUAAAGGGCUGUACACCUGUUCUGUCGGAAACUACCUAGGGGGUGUCACUGUGAAGUUUGACGUGGAUGUAAAAGGAAACAACACGGUAGUCAUUAUAGGUGUGAUAGUAGCAGUUGUUGUUCUGGCUGUCAUCUUGGGCCCGAUUGGAUACUUCUUUCAAACGGGAAAGCUCCGUUUGCCCUCACGACACUCUUCCGUGCCCACUGCAGAGUAAAGUCUACGGGAAGGUAUGAAAAUGUGUAUGGUAGGGGUGUGACAAAAUAUCAUGCCACGAAAUAUCGCACUAUAAAAACUUGAUGAUAUGCAUCGUCAAGAUGAAAAACUGGAUCGUGAUAUCAGAGUAUAAUAGGUACUACGUACAUAUGGGGCUCCGGGGCUGAAGCUGCAGCAUCUCAGGGUACAACUCAUGCUCAGUAAAAUCUGGUCUGCCCUCGCCGAAAUUGAACCAAACAAUUGUAACGCACAGCCGCAGCUUCUCUGUCUGAGCUCCAGACACAUCAAAACACACACACAGCGCAGUCAGUGAACAGCUAUCGUAUCGUAUCGUGAGCUGAGUGAAUCGUCACACCCCUAGUAUAUGGACAUUUGUUACUGUGAUGGAAUUUUCUAUUAAUUAAUUAUUUAAAUUUGAAUUAUUAGUUAAGUUAUAAAAGGUAUCACUUACAGGUGGCAGAAAGGCUCCCCAAACCCUCGGACGAGCCAAUUCACUCUUUUCAAAGUUGGUGAUAAAAAAAAAUACUAAUUAAGUCCUUGGACAAGGUGCUCUCUGUUUGUCUCCCUGGUGGAAAGGCCCAUAAUAGGUGCUGUUGGUGACCAAAAUAGCGGUGAAGGUCAAGGGCAGAGCGGAAUGGGUCCAUGCUACAAGGUGCAGAGCAGCACCUCCUGCUACUGGAGAGGGCAAGCAGGGACGUGGCAAGUGACAGGAUGGUCACUCCUUCUCCUCUCACUGCUGAGUGGGUUCGGUCAAGGGACCGAGCAAACUAAUCCAAGGAAAUCGGAGCAUGAGGGCUCUCAUGUUCCAGGUGCCGAGCUGAGCCUUGAGCUCGGUAGAACAACAAGCAACCCAGUGAUUGCAACCAUUGUGAGGAGGGUUGAGCCACCACCCAACACUUUGUUACACACCGGUGUGGUGGACAAAAAGUGAGAAAAAGACUGAAGGAUUUGGGGAGGGGGUGUCCGAGCUGCAUUGAUGGUGUCCGAAAGGAGGGUGAAAUUGCAUCCUGCUUCCGGGUAAAGAAAAAGAAAAAAAAUGAUUUAUGAUUUGUGAAUUACUUCUUUACUUCAAUUUUGUUCCAUGUAUUUCUUAUUCUAUUAUCUAUCUUGUUUCCUUGUAUAAGAAGGAAGAUUAACUUUAUAUUAAGUUUAAAAUUUAGCGUGUGAUGUCAUUUAAUCAAGUGUGUUUGGUUAUAUUUGAAACGUAAUCAGGUGAAUCAUCCUAUAUCACCCUGAAGAUAAUUAAUUAAUUAAUAAUUUGGACGGACGGGACAAUAUGGGUUUUCCCCUCUUUUGUCAUCUGAGGUUUUACCUUUGUCCUGUCCAGAUAGAGUAGUUAGCACAUCUGGUCUUUUUGCUCCAUCUCCUGUAAAACCGAGGCGGAGUUUUUGGCCAUUUGUCAGUAGAUGCAUGUGACCUGCGACCUCUGUCAAAGAGCUCUCUAAACCUUUACAGGGUUUUGGGAGGUCUACAGGUAAUUUUCCUUGGGAGGUCUUAAUUGGCUUGAAGACGGAACUCAUAGGUCAGUGCUAGAGGUUAAGGGUGAGUUUUUUAAUAAUCAUAUGUGACUGUUUUUGGAUUUUGACUGUUUAAAUUAGUCAUUACUGCGUGAAGUGGAUCAACCCUGACAAUGCUCUGGUGCUCAAUUGUUAAAUUAAUAGGUCACACUGGGGGGUAAUUAGUGUUGAUCUGUCGAUCAAAAAGGAGGGGUUGUGAUGGAAUUUUCUAUGAAUUCCUCUCUUCUUGGUCGGGAGGUCAGAGUGUUUGUCAGAGUGUCCCUCUGUUGACAUUAUUGGGUUGGAGUCCUGUCUAGGGGAGCCGCCGUUAUCUGUACCAGUCGCUGGGGCAACCAGGGUCAGAGAUGCCAGAGGAACGGAGUAUGUCAAAACAUGAUAAGGGUAAGACACUGAGCACCAGGGAGGAAGGGCAGAGUUGUGAGGCCUUCACGCAGAGAGCACCUCAAUGUGGAGACCUGACAAUUGCUCCUUGAUCAAGCUUCAAUAAACCUUCUAUGUAAGACAUCAACAGCUCCGGGGCCUCUUCCUUCCUAUAAGUUAACUUGUGUAUCAGAAAUUCCAUCACAGGAUGCUUAAGACACACUAUAUACUGUAGAGCAUAUGGGAAACACAAUAGUCAACACCAGACAGUUUUGGACACAAGGAGAAAUGGGUCAUUCCCGUUAUGCAGCGACAUUUCAGCCACAUGACUUUUGAAUACGAUAGGAAAAGAAAAAAGUAAAUAAAUAAAAUACUCCUGUAGUGUAUUAAUCAUGUUAAAGGAAAGCUCUCACAUGAUGGCAUUUUAACACCUAAAUAUUGAUACUCUUGUGGUUACAUUUCAACAGCAGCACAUAAUGUUAUAUGUCAUUACAGUUGGCAGCUGUGUCCUUAGGUUUUCCUCCUUUUCACACCUUUGUGAGUGAAGUCAGCAUCUUGACAGAUCAGUUGAGUAAACAGCCACCGAGCCAUCUGGUUUUAUGAGUGUAACACAACUGCAGACUGAAUGAGAAGCUGCCAAGAUCUGAUUCUGAGACACUGGCUUACACCUCUGACAUAUAAAACUCAUACAUCUAAAAAAAAAAAUCAUCCAAAUGUCCUAUUUUAUUUGAAUAUGGUCUAGCAUGCCGUCACAUGCAGUUACCAUUUA